AUGCACAUUCAUAUCGACUUCCCGAAGCGUAUCGAUGCUUAUAUGUGUGUACUGCACCUUCUGCUGCUAAUCGAACAUAUUGUUUUGUUUAAAUUAUAUCCAAAAUUCUUGCAGAGACCAUACCGUAAGUUAACAGAAAAUGUGGAAGUCUGGAAGACCCCAGGUCGCACGCAGCAAUGCCUCAGUGUUCUAGUGCACAAUGUGGAGCAUUACGGCACGAUGGGUAUUGUUGGCGAUCUAAUACCACGGGAAGACUACAUCUUCAAUAAUGUCCGUUUUCUUUUUUCUUUUUGA